CGCCAUGGGCCUCUGAUGCUCCUCAAGUUCGGCAAGGUCCCAGUGAUCAUCGCCUCCAGCGCCGAGGCUGCCAAGGAGAUCAUGAAGACGCACGACCACGUCUUCUGCACCAGGCCGCUGAGCGCAUCUGCCAAGGUGUUGAACGAGCAUGGCCCCGGGAUCUCCUUUGCCCCGUACGGCGAGCACUUGCGGCAGCUCCGCAAGAUUUGCAUCGUCGCGCUGCUGAACGCCAAGCGCAUCAACUCUUUCCGUCCCACCCGUGAGCAGGAGGUGAGCGUGCUCAUCCGCUCCAUCUCAUCCGCAUCAAAGUCGGAGCCACUUGUGAACCUGAGUAAGAUGCUCACCAUCCACGGGACGGACACAACGGUGCACUCAAUCAUGGGUACCCGGUUCAAGGACAGCGACGUUGGCACCUUGCUCGGUCAUGUGAAAGAGGCGGUGCGGCUGAUAGGUAGCCUCACCAUAUCCGACUUGUUCCCGUCGUCGUGGCUAGCACGCACUCUGAGCAGCACGCUGCACAGGGCUGCGGUCUGCCGGGACUCGUCGCUAUUGUUCCUGGAACGCGUCAUCUGUGAGCAUCUUGAGAGAAGGUCCUCCAUGGAUGUGCACCAGGAAAUCCUGAUCGAUGUCCUCUUGAGGAUCAAACGAGAAGGCAACCUUCAGUUCCCCCUCACCAUGGACAAUAUCAAAGCAGUGAUUUUCGAUGUUUUUGCAGGAGGGGUUGAGGCACCAGUAACAACGCUACUGUGGGCCAUGGCAGAGUUGAUGCAAAACCCUAGCGUGAUGUCUAGAGCACAAGCUGAGGUCAGGGGUGCCUUCAUGGGACAAAUGGAGGUAACCGAGGAGGGUCUAGGCCAGCUAAGCUACUUGCAUUGUGUCAUCAAGGAGACCAUGCGAUUGCACACACCUGGUCCAUUAUUAUUGCCAAGGGAAUGCCAAGAACAAUGCAAUAUACUUGGCUAUGAUGUUCCCAAAGGUGCUACUGUUCUUGUGAAUGCUUGGGCUAUCUCAAGGGACCCGGAAUACUGGGACGAACCAGAAGCAUUCGUGCCAGAUAGAUUUAUGGGUAGUAAGAUAGAUUACAAAGGCAACGACUUUGAGUUCACACCUUUCGGUGCCGGACGUCGGAUUUGCCCCGGGAUGCAUUUUGGGAUCGCGAAUAUUGAGCUAGCACUCGCAAGUCUCCUAUUUUAUUUUGACUGGGCUCUCCCAGAUGGCAUUCUUCCCGGUGAUCUUGACAUGACAGAAACCAUGGGAAUCACUGCUAGGAAGAAGGAGGAUCUGUGGUUGCGUGCAACUCUCCACGUACAGCUGCCCCGCUGAACCGUCGUUUCCCUAUCCGGGUCUUUGCAUGGUCUUGUUUGUUGUCAAAGCCAUAUGUGUGGGGU